AUGAAAGGGAGAAGGGAAGUUCAUUCAAGUUUUUAUCGCUCGUUAAGAAAAAAAGUAAAGUCAUCUGUUAUGAUUGUGAUUGAUGACAGUCCUAAUGCUAAUAGGCUUAAAUUCAUGAAUACACCUGUUAUUUUACUUCCUGACGAGACAAGAUUAUUUAUAAAAAUGUAUUAUUAAGUAGUGUUUGUUAUGUUUGCAGACACGACUUUGAUAGAUGAAUUAGAAUUAAAUUGUAUGACAUGCUUCUUUUAUUAAAUACAAAGGUAAAACGGGGAUUAUAUUGUCAUUCCGAUUCUAAAUCGCCGACGAUACAAUCACUUUAUCUUGCAAAAUAGCCCUCCAAAGCAAGGCGGUGACACAAACCCAUUCAGCUAGCUAGCCGGCCACCACGCAGAGUGGUUGACAUCUAAAAUUUAUUAAUACUAAGCAACCGGGAUACACACCAGCUGCAUACUUGCAUAGUGCAAGGGAGCUCGCGACCGCGAGUUCAGUCUCUGUGCAACGUCCGCGUCGUUCGCACGUGUCGCUCGUACGUUUCCACGUUUGACGAUUACAAAAAACAAAUGACAAUCGAUUCGAUUACGAUUGCGCAACCGACGACGUUCUAUUUUUAAAUAGUGUUUGUAAACAGUUGCAAUUCGGUGAUAGUUUUGCGCUCGAAAUUAUUUUCACCCCUAAGUGUACACUUAAAAAUAGUGUUGUGCAGUGUUUGUGGUGUGUGGUAGUGAUGUGAAUUGUAUUUGACAACAUGUUCGGAGUUUUCAUUAGACGUUGGAAGCCUAAAAGAACAUCAAACGCCGACAGAAAUGAAAGCCCCGAAGCAGAAGGCAGCAUAUCCCCCGAGCCCCCCGACCGCCCCCCCGGAAAGGUUCGCCAAGUCCAUCCUGAAGAAAAAACCCAAGUCCUCGCCUACGACUCGACUUAUAAAAGAAAACCUAAAGCGCUCCCUCUAGAGGACUACAGUUACAACCAUCUAGCUAACACGAACGUAGCUAUAUCGCCAAUGUACCCACUAACACCGAACAUUUGCGUUGAAGGAGGGAAGAUUGAGUUCAUAAAGUCCCCGUCAGGGAGCGCUAGGAACAGUGUGGCGCUAGUGUCGCCCCCGCAGACGCCGGUGGCGAGGCGCGGGUCGAGAGAGAAACGAGAGCGGAUAUAUGACGAGCCAACUGAGAAGUUCGAUGGGGAUAAGGAACUGCUGGAAAGGCGGAUUAAACAGCUGGAGGGCCAGCUGGAAGAAGAGAAGUCGCGGACGCAGCGCGAAAGGAUGACCGUCACCAAGCUACAGAACAAGCUGAUUAAGCGCGAGGGAGCGGCGCGCAGCGAUGCGGAGCGCGAGCGGCGCGCGCGCAGCGACUGGGAGGCGCGAGCGCGCGCCGCCGAGGCCGAUGCGGCGCGGCUCGCCGGCAAGCUGCACGCUGCCCAGCGCGAGAUAUCCAGGAUGGAGGAGACAGUGCGAUCGCUGCUGCAAUACAAGGGCCGCGUGGAAACUCUGAAGCAAGAGAAGGCUUCGCUAUCUUCCGCCCUGGAGUCUUCAGCGGCGCAUCAGAGCCAGCUGUCUGCGCUGACGGCGGAGAACGAGCACCUGCGCACGCAGCUGGCGGCGGGCGGGGGGGAGCAUGAGCGACGGCUCGACGAUGUCGCGCAGCAGGUGGUGCGAGCAUUACUGUCACAAAAGAGCGUACGCGAAGAGCUGGGAUGCGCACGAGCACGCGUCCGAGAGCUGGAAGCUCAGAACCGAGCGCUGAGCGCGCUGUUAGUCCGUCAGCUACGCCCCGUCCCGCGGCCCUCGCCCGCCACUCCGCACACCCCGCUCACGCCCGCCAGGGACCUGCAAGUGCAUCUCGUGGAUGUCGGCUCCUGCGGCUCGUUGAUCUCGUUCCGCGACUCCCCGCCACCCCCUCCGCCCGGCCCCGCGCCCGCGCUCUGCCACGACGACAAGCGACGGCAUCAAAUACUGGCGGACAUCUGGACUGAACUGAAGGGCUUGGAGGUGACCCCUGCUAACCUGGCUCGAGCAUUGUCUGCGGUGGAUCCAACGCUUUGGGCGACGCCACCACGACCCGCCACGUUAAGCCUUAACAUGCCACAAGCCUGUUCAGAUCCUGUUAGAGAUGGAGCAGGAGAUAAGGUGACAGAAGAAGAAAAUUGUGAGACUGGCGAAGCAGGUGCAGAGUCUCCAGAAAGCGGCGCCAAAGAUGAGGGCUACUCCACAAUGUCCAGCGAUGUUCAAGCAGACGCGUCAAGGCAAAGCGACCAUGCGGCGGACAGAGCCCUACCCGACCUUAACGAAGCAUCUGAUGAAACAGAUAAUCAAACAAUAGUAUCCAUAAACCCCAGAGAAUCUCGCCGGCACGCCAGGCUACUAGGAACCGAUGCGGAUUAUAUAUAUUUUCCAAUCGGUAUAGCGUUCGCUGGAGUCCGAGGUAGCUACCCUCCCUCACGACCAGUUUUGCCCUUUCAACACGUUGUGAGAAGCUUCUCCGAUUCCCAUCUCUGUCUGAAACUACUCGCUGGAACAACAUGCCCGACGAGUUGUCUAGACAGCCCAACUCCUAGUUCAGGCAUGUUAGUUUUAGAUCUAAACCCAGGCCCAGAGAGACCACUAAGGCGACCAGCAAUUGUAUCCACAACGAGUUCUGAAAGGGUAUCAUGGGGAAGUACGGCAGAUGAGCGCGCAGAUGGUUCGCAGUACGAUGCUGACUAUGUUCAACAUUGGCUUGAGUUAGACGAUGCCAGGUCAGCCUUACAACAGCGACAUCGAGAUAUAGCCGAGCUUGAGUACGACAGAGCGGAAUUAGAAGAUUGGAGCUUAUCACUAUCAUGUGAGGAUCUCAGAGACAGACAAUCUCCAUUCGCUGAAAUAACUACUCCUGGGCAAAUUUCGCUAUCGACGCUACCGAGUAUAAGAGAAGAUGAUGCUUUAGAACUCGAGGAAGACGUAGGAGAUUGUCUAUGGAACGACUGUGGUUUCGCGACAAUCGAAAUUGACGAGUGUAGAAUAGGAGAAGACUUAGAAACAUCAGAAAAGCGGUGGGAAUGUUCCAGAACUCAUUCACCUGGUGGCUCGUGGUCGAGUGCAUCGGACGCUCCAGACAAACGAUCAAGCACAGCGCUGAGUGAGGAUGGCGACUGCGCAAACGUAGGGCUUGAUUUCACCCGAGACUUUUAUAGGCUAGUUAAAUAUGAGAGCACAAAGAGCUUAGCAUCAAAUUCCUCAAGAGGCUUACCGACAGCUGACGGCAAUAACCAUUUACGGUUUCACGAUGUUCAAGCGAUGGCAUUGCAAGAUCGUGAGCAAGCGCUUCAAAAUGUACUUAAUUUCAUCGCAGAACAGCAAAAAUAUUGCCGAGAUAGAGAGGAAUCUGAUUCCAUGUCGUCGAGACCCGUAUCUGAAAUAAGAGAACUGCCUCCUCCUUACGCGGCUGCCGAUUUCGAUGACGAAUCAAUAGGACCGCGAAGCGAAGUUUCAGAAGACCGGCCACGACCAGACUCUUUUAGCAGCUUCUCAGAGAACGACUCCUGUGACGUCCUCCCCGAGAGGCCAAGAAUCCAAUUUUGUGAUACCGUAUCCGAGCCAAGGUCUACUCCACGUUUCAUCGAACGUGAAGGUCCUUACGUAGAAUCAGAGGACUACUAUGACGAAUUUACACGAACCGACAACGAUGAAAAUGAAUUGGACGAGCAUCACCUUUUAAAAGUACAACGGAAGAACGAAAUCAAUAGAACGAAUGACCUAAGUAAAAUUACAGAUUUAGACAUGUCUGAAAAGUUCGAGGAGAGGUCAUGUGAUAUCGAUUCUAGUCGACCGGAGGAUAUCAAAGAGACUGCUGUAAAAAUAUUGUUGAAGCAAGGCUUGAGCGAGAGGCCAGAACUAGAUACGUGUCUUAUAAAAUCAUCGAGCUUCCCCUUCGCCAACGGCGAGACCGAAGUGUCUUUAGUCGAGGAAGUGCUGAGCGCUUGUAGGCGGAGCACGGGGGCUUUAGUAACCGUUCCCGAAGAGGAGGAGAAUUCAUCUCCCGAAACGAGCUCGCCUCAAAUGACGGAAUCGAAUACGACGAGCACUUCCACUGCCGAAACUGUGAUAGUAAGUAAUAAGGAGAAGGAGAGGCCUAAAGAGAAGAGUCGUAUACCGAUGCUGCUGGGCGGGAAGAGGCCUCCGUCGUCGCCGCGAAGGUCGAAGAUCCCCGUGGUGGAGAAGAAAGGCGUGGCGGCGGCGCCGGAGCCGAUCAUCGUCAAGCAGGAGCACACGCUCAGUUUCCAUGAAGCUGCCACUUCUAAGGACGUCAUUGAAGAGCUAAACAGAAUGAUCCGGCAGAGUGAGGGCGCCUCAGAAGUGAAGAGCGAAGACCGAGGACAGGCGCAGAAAGAUGGCGCUCUGUGGGCGCCGACUGGCUGGGUCCAUGUUGAGAAGGACAUCGACUUCAGCGACCCUAAGGCGCGCGCCAACCUGCUGGACGUGAUGCUGGCCUCCAGCGACUCGUCGCCGUCAUCGUGCGGGUCGUCGCCCGCGGAACCGCCGCCGCCCGUGUACUCGCGGCUGCACCGCCUGCACCGCUCCCGGAGGCAGAAGACCGCGGCCGCGCUGCGCAGCCGCGGGCUGGGCGUGCUGCGCUGGCCGCGCGCGCGCCGCCCCUCCAUCCUCGGCCGCGACGGCUUCUUCGUGCGCUACGGCGAGCCCGAGCGCGCCGCCGUCGCCACCUUCGACUUCCUCGACGACGAGGAGACCAAAGACUGUACCUAUUAGCAAUAACGCCCCCUAAAAACUAUAUUUUUCUAUGUGAUACGGUGACUGAAGCUGUACGGUGUCCGCUUCCGCGUUUGUGCGAGCCAAAUUGUUUUUCUAGUGUAGCGGUGUUGAUUGCUGCACGCGGGUGUGUAUGCGGCUUCUUAGACGUUUUACGUAUUUGUAAAUCCGUCUUGAUUUUGCCCCGCGGAUACUGUCUCCGUAUCUUGAAAAUACUUAAUUACUCUGGCAAAAUCAGAAUGGAUGAAAAACACUUACCUACAUUUAGGUGUAGUAAUUUCACUCUUGUAACGUUAACUCGAAACUACGACGAAGCACCUAGUCUUUAAAAUCUUCCUCGUUUUUACUAAGUAGGGUAGAAAAUGGGCCGAGUUGUAUGAAGAUGUGUUUGAUGUACAAAUUGGUAAAACUUUUUUUUCUGUUGAUUCUUGUAACAAAAUCGUACCGCAUUGAAUGAAAUUCACAAUCCUGUUUUGCGUAAUUAUUGUGUUUGAUUGUUUUAUCUGCGUGUAAACGCUUGCAACACAGCUUGUACGAGCGAUAAUAGCUUUUAUUACAAUAGCAAUACGAACGGUUGAUUACUCCCAGCGAUGUCUUGCUUACGCUUCGAACGACUUAGGUAAGAAGACGAACUAAUUACUAAGAAAAUGGAAAGCUGCGGCCUCGAAGUAAUGUGAUAUUUUUGUAUAUACUGUAAGUCCCACUUAUUUUCGUAUACAUUUAAAUGGAUUCAUUUGUAACCGAACGAAGCGUUUUCAGCUGUUGGUUCUAAUAGGGUGAAAAGAAAAUGUGUUUUCGUGUAGUCGUGCGUGGCGGUAGUUGCACGAUAUAGGCUUGAAGUUGUACUAAUACACUAAGAGAUGGCGCUAUUGUCAAUUACAACUUUUUGCAAACUAAUUAUUCGUUGUAACGUCCAACUGUCGCUACGUAUUUUAACUAUUAGAUACUUAUAUGUAAAUACUGACGAUGAUUAAUUCGCGUAACGAGCUAUAGUAACUACACCUAUUAAUUAUAAAGAAUAGUCAUCUAUAUUAUAGUGUAACUGUCGAUUAACCUUACAAAAUCCAUUAAAAUCGAAGGGUACUAAAGUAUGUUAAGUGUAUAUAAUAUUACUUGUCAUUGAUGCUAUUUAUUGAUUUGUAUCAUUUGCGGGUCUUCGAUCGUUUGUGGUAUACUUAGGUACAUAUCAUGAAUUUCUCGUUUAUAUAUUUAUAUUGGCGUGAUUUACGGCGAUUCUUGACUUGGGAACUGUAAGGCGACAAUUUGGGUUGCUAUAGCAAACAUCUACCUCUGUAACAUGAAUCUCAAAUGGUUUUAAAAAAAUGUUAAGCUAAUAUGGCGCCAUAUG